ACACUGCAAAUUUUUUUAAACAAAAAACUAAGCAAAUUCCGAAAACAACAACAAUUAGCGCGUAGAAAGAAGGAGAACAGCAAUAACAAUAGCGAUUGCAAACACUUUGCAACUGUAUUUGUGAGUGAGUGGCUGCUGAUGUGGGCUUCGCAAUCCUGACUCCUAGGCUUAUCAUUGCCUUGCCCACCCACCCGCCUUUCGAUUUGUCAAUCGGGAAUUGUUUUAACCGCAGCAGAGCCUCACACACCGCAACGAAGCACAGCGCAUUCCUGUGUGCAGUUGAUCAGUCGCCGUCAUGGCCAGCAGCAGUACGGAGCCGGAGAAUAAGCCACCGAUACUGCACAUCCUGGUGGUGGGUUUCCACCACAAGCUAGGAUGCCAGGUGGAGUUCUCCCAUCCGCCGCUGAUAGCCGGCUCCAGUGGCCGCAACGAGUGCCCAUCCGGUUGGAAGUAUUUGCCAACGCUGGCCCUGCCCGACGGCUCACAUAAUUUCGUGGAGGAUACGGUGUUCUUUAACCUACCCAGCCUGUUCGAGCCGGCGGCCAGCAUCUAUGGCGUCUCCUGUUACCGCCAGAUACGCGUGGAGAAGCUUAAAAUCCGCACAGCCGAUGUCACACGGAGCACAGUGCAGAAAUCGGUCUGCAUUUUGUCCCGCCAGCCCAUUUAUGGCUAUAUCGAGGUGAAACUGGCCCUGAUAGCCGACGCGUUCUUUGACCAGGGCGACUUUAGUUGCACGGAACUUCUGGUCAAGGCGUAUCAGCAGCUGAAUGCCUGCCUGCUGGACGACGAGUCACGCCGCCCUUUGCGUCACUUUCACGUGGGACUGUCCCUUCGCGAGAUCGUCCUCCACUGGCGCCACAAGACACUGAUACUCUUCAAGCUGCUGCUCCUGCAGCGCCGGGUUGUCUGCUUUGGGUCUCCGGUGCGCGGCAUGUGUGUGCUCAUCCUGGGCAUGGCCUCGCUGGUGCCGCGACUCCUGGAGAAGGGCUUUCAGGAGGUGGCCUGUGUGCGUACCUCCCGUCCGCUUUCGCCCAUGCCCGAUUUUACCGAUUCGCUGCAACGAGAGGCGCUAGCACUGGCCGCCGCCGAGGCAGAGGCUGAGGCGGCAACACAGGACGAGCCGAAGCUGACGCCCGAAAGCGCAACGGCAGCCGAGGGCGAGGCGGAGGACCUGGCGCUGGUCUCUUCUGCCGCCUCGGCGGGCUCCCAAUGCAGCGGCGACACCUCGCCCCACUCCACACCAAACUCGCAGGACUCGAACUUUGCAUCCUCCUCGUCGCAUCGGGAAUCGAACGGCCGCAACAGCUCGCUAACGCGAGAGGCCAGCGUGGACACACUAGCCUCCAACCUGGCCGCCCUGUGCUCCGUCAACCCGGAUGAGUAUCGUGCCCCCGUUAGCAUCUUUGCCAGCGGCAAUCUCUGUCUGCCGUAUUUGUCGCUACCCUACAUGGAUCUGCUUAGCGAUCCCAUGGUCCUCUCCUAUGUCAUUGGCACCUCGAAUGUUCUGUUCCAGCAGAAGCGCCAGCUGGCCGACGUCCUGGUCGACAUUGAGGCGGCCAAUCUGGAUGCCCACGAUCCUGAACUGCGUCGCCAAUUGGUGUUGAGCACCGAAGAUUUGCGCUACAUGGACUACAUCAUGAAGCAUGUCCAGACGCCCAAAGAAGAUGCGGAGGGCAGCGAGCAUUGGAUAAGGGAACAGUUUCAGGGCUACAUUCUGGCUCUACUACGCACCGCAGUGUCUCCGGAUUCCACGCCCAAGGACAACGAUCAUUUUAAUGCGCACUUUAUAGGCGCCUUCAAGCGCACCCAAUGCUAUCAGGAAUGGUUUGAUGUGCGACCCGAACCCGAAUUUUUCGAAGCCCUACCCGCUGGCCAUCCCUUUGCCGGCACCCUAUCCGUGGCGGAUAUGAAACUGAAGCUGGCGCAGACCAUGCAGAACAGCGAGAGCGGUCGUAAAAUCAAUCAGGCCGUGAACACCACCAGUCGAGCGGUUGGCGGCGCCAUCUCUCAGGCCAAGGGCGCCUUUUCCAGCUGGUGGUCCUCGAUAACAACAGUGCCAGCGAAUCCUGGCAACGGGACCGGCACGCUUUCUGACAGCGAGGACGGCGAAGGUGCAGCUGGGGCGGUGGUUGUGGCCACUGCCCAAGAGAUCUCAGUCACAUUCCAGAAUCACAAAGAUGCUGAGGACUUGGAUAUAGCUGGCGUGAGCAUACACCUGGCUGGCCAGAGCCAGGACAACAGCACCAGAACCAGCACCGGCACCCCCCUGGAGGAGGCGCACGAGUCGAGAAAUGUUUCCCUGGAGCAGCAGCAGGGCAUCGUGGAGAUUGGUCGUGAGGCAGAGCUGCUCGACAAGGCCGAAGAGAGUCCCCUCUCGAGCAUAUCUCAGCAACCACUGCGUCCUGGCUGUGGGGCUGAUGUGGCCACCUCAGCCCCAGCCCUAGAGCGCAACAACGGGGAUGUUUUCAUUGUCUGAAGGGUCACGGCAGCAAGCGGCAGAGCGGCAUUGUAAAAAAAAAACUUAACUAAGCGUAUAAUGAUAAUUAUUUAAUUUAUUGCGAAACAAAUUGUGUCUCAGUCUCAAUGUCUAGAUAUUUCUACAUGUCCCCAAAAUUGGCCAAAUGAUAAUAUUAUUUAAUAUUUAUGUGUAACCCCUUGCCAUCCGCCACACACACAAACACACACACACACACACUCAAUGUAUGUAUAUGUACUAUAUCCGAUAUCCUAUAUCCUAGACCAUAUGUAAAGCUAGACCGUUCCAAGUGCAAUUUGUAAUCCAAACAAAAGAAGAUUAAUUAGAGAAAACUCAAAGCUUCAUCCGCGUGGCAAUAAGAAACUCAAUGAAUUCGUAUUUAUGUAUGAUGGGGCCGAUCCAGCCGAACGCACACACGAAACGAUAUUAAUGGCCUUCUUGUCCAGAGAGUCGAGUCCCGUGCACCCCACCCACACUAUUGACCUUUAACCUAAAAUGUAAUCCAGACACACACAAAAAUAAACAUAUGAAAUGUGCAAUUACAA